AUGAGUCGAUCACACAGCGCUGUCAUCGAUCUCACCGAGGAGUCGCCGCCAGCUCAUGGCAGGCCUAGGCCACCACCGCCGCCGGCGCUAAGAAGCGGGACGCAUAUCCUCGAUUGGUCGUCAAAUGCUCCCCAUGCGGCCGGUCCCUCCUCACACGGCACCACGCCCAACCCAGCAGCUCCACCAAAUCGUUCUCCGGCUGUUCACGCGCCCAUCGUCGUUGGUAGCGAUGACGAAGACGAUGACAACAGCUUCACCAUCACCGGAGGGUCCGAACCCGUCCGGAGGUCUCGUUCCCUGCAAAGGUCCUUCUCCUCGGGAACGGCAUCAGCAACACGGAUGUUCCCAUACGAUCCGUCUACAUUGGCGUCGUCACUGCGCUUCCAUGAUGAUAUUGGACGCGGGCCGCACGGCGCGGGAUCUCGCAUCCCGCAGAGCAUUGGCGUGCUUGGCUCCUCUUCGUCACCACGACAUCCUCUGCAUCCGCAACGACGCGCAGCGUUACCAUCUGCCAGCACAACCACAGCCAGACGCAGUGGGGGAAGCACCACCACCACCGCCACCGCCACUUCGGAUGCCAACCUCGCCUCGCGUCUAGGUGGAGACUUCUCGUUUGGCAAUUUUGGUUUCGGGCCUACAUACGGCAUGGAGCUGAUAGGUAGCUUGCUGCGUGGCUGGCAUCCGAAUGGUCACGGAAGCCCUCAGCAGAACGCGGAACGCAAGGUGCCGCAGAAGUUUGAUCCAAAGUGGACGCACCCGUACGAGCCGCAGCCUGGGUUCACGCAUUCCAUCAUCGAGCCCCCAGUCGACCUCGAUACGUACUUUGACGACAAGGCCGUCGUCACAGGUCCGUUACCCGACACUACACCCAUCUGUGCAUGCUGUCGCUUCGCGUUGGUGACAGGUGCGAACGGCGAUGAGAGGAUCUGGGCGCUGCCCUGCGGACACGUCAUCGACGGGCGCUGUGUGGAUCGUUUGAGCGGUCUAGCUCCUGUGCCAUCACCGGAAACCGCUGCUACCGGUACAUCGAGCAAAGCCAAAGGCAAAGCGAAAGCCAUCGAGGCUACGGAAGAUGAGCCACCCGCAAAGGUAACCAAAACCUCAGCGCGCACUCGAGCUGCAGCAUCACUCGCAGCUCCGACCGAUGCCACUCCCAAGAAUCUGAAGAAACCGAAACGCUUCGAAUGCCCCGUCGAGGGCUGCAAGCAGAAGUGCACCAAGGAACCAAACAGCAAGUACUCAGCUUGGGAGGUCUUUGUCUGA